GGCGACUUCAUUCACAGUUUGAACCUCAGGGUGUCGAUAGUCCUAAUAUUAUUUUUAAUUAAAUAAAUAAUUCUGUGAAUCAUGGACACCGAAAACGGCAGAGAGGCAAAAAUUGCAGCACCUUUGGAUAAAAAUGAAUACCAUUUGAAGACAUUCCAGAUUUCUUUGAAUUUGUUUGCCCAAUUAUUAAUAGGAAUAGUAGUUGGUGUUUUACUCGUCUUCGCAUUAAAAGAUGGAUUGCCGUCCAACAAAACAUUCAUACACAUUAUUUUAUGUGUACUUGGGUACCAACUUCUGAUGGCGCAUGCAAUCCUGAGCCUGUCUCCGCACAACAGCUGGUCUGCUCAUCUGAAGCCGGUAGACAAAAGACGCGCGCACUGGAUCCUGCAAUGUUUGGGAUCCGGCAUGGCUAUCGCAGGCAGCUUCAUUAAGAUUUCCGACAAAACAGUGCAUUGGAAUACUCUCCACGGACAAUUUGCGUUGGUAGCCCUGGUGUUCUCAGUAGUCAGCAUGGUCAACGGGCUCGCAUCCCUCUACGCCUACGAACUCCGCAAGUUCAUUCCUGCCUUAUUAUCCAAACUCACCCACAUUUGCUUCGGAAUCGUCGGCUUCGCUGCCGCUGGCAUCAGUCUUUGUUACGGCAUGGAGAAGGGCUUCUUCAGGUCCUGGGUUGGUGAUGCCUGUGCAUACACCCUGAUGGGUUUCGUCGGAGCCUUUACAGCUAUCAUCAUCAUAGCUCCACUGAUCACCUUCUACUCGAAAAUCAAGAGGAACUAAGCAAUCGAAUUUUAAAAGAUUUGUUAUGUGAACACUUGAGUUUUGAAAAACUGUUUUUAUAAUAAAACCGCCUAAAUGUAAUAUUUUUUUUGCAAUGUGUGGUUUCUUAUUAAUAGUAUUUAACAUAAGUCUUAGUUUAAGUAUUAAAUAAAACGUGUAAGUGACCUCAAACAAUGGAUUCCUAACAAUAACCUAUUUUUACAGUACCUAUAUAAAAUGAAAGAUAUUGUUAAUUUUAAGGUUUACUUUGAUAAGAAUAUACCAAUGUUAAUAAUUA